CGUCCUCUCCAGCCCCACUGCAGGCCCAGUUGCCUCUGCUCGCCCCUCCAAAGGGAAGCCUCUGGAAGACUGUGGGCCGCGCAGGGCAGCCCAGGCACCAAGUCCCCAGCUCGGGCACAGCACGGUUGCCCGGGGAACCGCACACGCCGCCGCGUCGGCCGCUUAGCGGGCGUGUGAGCGGCGAGGCCGGGCAGACCCGGCAUGGAGCUGCCGGACCCCGUACGUCAGCGCCUGGGCAACUUCAGCCUCACGGUGUUCGGCGACUCCAGCCGCACCGGGCCAGAGUCCAGCGAGGCUGCGGACAAUGAGAUGGUCUCCAGCCUGCCGUUGCAGAUGUCUCUGUAUUUCAACUCGUACUUUUUCCCAUUGUGGUGGGUGAGCUGCAUUGUGAUGCUUCACAUGAAGUAUUCAGUCUUGCCUGACUACUACAAGUUCAUUGUGAUCACUGUCAUCGUCCUCGUGACCUUGAUGGAAGCUAUCCGGCUGUACCUGGGCUGCAUGGGGAACCUGCAGGAGAAGGUUCCCGAGCUGGCUGGCUUUUGGCUCUUGAGCCUCCUCCUGCAGCUGCCUUUAAUCCUUUUCUUGCUCCUCAACGAGGGCCUGAGGAAUCUGCCCUUGGAAAAGGCCCUGCACAUCAUCUUCACUAUCUUCCUUACUUUCCAAGUCAUCUCGGCAUUUCUGACCCUGAAGAAAAUGGUCAAUCAGCUGGCAGCCCGCUUCCACCUCCAGGACUUUGACCGGCUCUCUGCAAACAGUGCAGCCAUGACGGGGAGAAGGCAGCCAUUUACGGAAGAGCUCUGAUCCCACUGCAAGAUGACCCACGGAGACAGAGGGAGUGACAGAACACCUGAGGUCAGGCCUGAGGAAGGGCGCAGCCCUUCUGGGCUCUAUCCUCCAGCUCUGAAGUCCCAUGGAGACAAUGCUAAGACACACUGUGCUCCAUGGAAGCCGAGGGGCUGUCCAUGGACAUUGCAUUUCUUGUUUCUGAUGUUGACUUUCCAGGUGUUUAUUGGUAGUUGUAAUCUGCCACAUUUCUGUAAUGUUCCUAGCUAGAAUGUGUAACUAGAAAUGUGUGGAAUUUCAGGAAAAAACUCAGUUUUGGCCAGUGGAAUCUCACUGUGUAUGUCAACACACCCCGGGCGUGCCCCACACCCAGGAGUAGCUGGCCAACACCAAACAAACUCAGUAGUGUUUCUGUGGACUGUUUGUUUCAUUUUGCUUUGUUUUGGCAUUUUUUUUGUGUGUGUGUGUGUGUGUCUUAUUGUUAGGGGUAGGAAGCUGGAGAAGAGUUAGGAAAGAGGAAAAAAACAUGCAAAAUAUAUGGUAUGAAGAAAAAAUUUUAACAACAACAAAAGAAAUGUGUAACAUCUCCUUUAAGCUUCCAGUUGUCUGAUUGGCCAUUCUGGGUUUCCAGGAGCCUGUGGGAACGCUUGCUCGUCAGCACGCUCAGCCAUAGAGGGCAUGUUUAACAGGGACAGAUUUGCCUGUGCUCGAUUCCAAUUCUCUUCUCCAUUACUGUCCUGAGGUGAGGGAGGCAGCCAUAUUAUGGUAUUUAAUAUUUUGUCACAAAACCAUGUUCAGUAUUUGUGAUGGAGGCACAUAACUGUUUUUACAAUAAAUCAUAAGCUAUUUACAUUAAAAUAU